AUCUGGAAAAAAAAUGGACCACUGACACACUUUGACAUUUUUUUAAAAGAAGAAUUCAGAACAGCGUUACUCUUUGUAACUUUUUCGUCUUCAGAUCAGACUGUAUUUGUGUAGACUAACGGAGGUGUACAUGUUAUUUGAACGACCCCCAAUAUAAAAGAUUUGGAAUAUUUUGAUGACUUUCAUCUUACCGUCUAAAAAGAAAACAGUGUUCCUUUCCAUUCUGUGUUAAGCGAGACAAGGAAAACGUUUGACACGGAAUUUGUGACUGACUUUGAAACGAAGAAGGCAUCUGGAGCUAAAGAAGUCGUGUGUGAUUCGCUCUUGCUGUUUUUAAAUACCUGCUAUCAACCGCACAAAGAAGGGGAAAAGUGCUAUUAGCGGCCAAGAAAGUGUUUGGCAAUAGCUACUGAUCCAUGCUCUCACAGCAGCUGAGGCACAGCGAGAGUCCAUCCCCUCCUUCUGAUGUACAUUAUUACAACAAGGGAUACCCAAUCAAGCACGUAUCUCAUCGAUUCCCACCGCUCUCACUGGAUUUUGAACGCGCUUGGACAAAAUAGCCGAGCCAGCCAGCCAGCCAGCGUGCGGACGGCAAGUGUGCUUAUUUCUCAAUAGGGCCUCGGUAUUUCCUUUCAUUUUCAACUAAAACCAAGACGGACAUUUGAAAGGCAAUAGGGACUGUGCCUGUGGAUUUUCAUACGAUGGUCUCGUCAACGCACUGAGGUUGUCCUGCUGUUAUUUUUUUUCCAAAUUGCGUGCGUUCAGAGAUCGGAUUCCUGAUGGAUAACGUACUUGAUCAACCUUUCGACUUGCCUGUUGCAGCUUCCAACACGGAGUGAGAAUCGCAUUGAGGCUGAAGCAUUUUUCUCCCGCUGUACUGCUCGUCUGCUCGCUGUGAUAUCCAAGUGGAGCGGGGAGCAAGAGAGAAAGAAAACGUGUCUCUUCUUCAUCUUCAGAGCUACCCUUUUUUCUCCCCCGUCUGAUUUUUUGUUUGAAAAGUGCCGAUCUAUGUCAGCCUUCUGAAAGCGCCCCAGGUACCGUGUAGGGAAGCGCCGCUAUCAAAGAAGAGCGGACCAGCUCGGAAUCUCUGGGGCUCGAGACGAACUCCUCGGCAUAUUCCCCUCCUUUAAACAAGCAUGCCGCGGAGGAAACAGCAAGCGCCCAGGCGCGCGUCAGCAUAUGCUCCUGAAGAUCUGAAAGACGGCGCCCUCCUCGACGAGUAUGUGGACGGAGAGGACUCUGCCAUCGAGGAGGAGUCCACCGCCGGCGGCAUGAAGUUCGUGUGCCAGGACAGCAAGGACUUCCUCCUGAAGGACUCGCCCGUCGCCGACUUCUCCAGCCACGAGAUGGACAGCGAGUCCCACCUCAGCGAGUCCAGCGACCGCAUGUCCGACUUCGAGAGCGCCUCGGUCAAGAACGAGGAGGAGAUCCUGGCCAAGGAGCCCCUCAUCCCCUCCAUGACUCCGACCGUCCCCUCCGUCGCCAUGGUCCAGGCGGCAGCAGCCGCCGCCGCCGCCAGCCUCGGCGUGGAGGAGCCUGCGGUGUCAGGCCCCAAUAGCCUGGAACAGAUGAAGGCCAUCUACAACAGCUUCCUCACCAGCUCCUACUGGUCUUCCCUGAACUUGAACCUCACCCAGCCCCCGCCAGAGAAGCCCGCGCGCAGCCACAGCAGCAGUAGCAGCAGCAGCAGCAGUAGCAGCAGUUGUGGCGGCAGCGGAGGCGGAGGCGGAGGCGGAGGCGGCUACGACUGGCACCAGUCUGCGGUGGCCAAGACCCUGCAGCAGGUCUCCCAGAACCAGAACCGGAUGAUCCACCCGGCCGCCGAGCCAAACCUCUUCAGCACUGUGCAGCUCUACCGCCAGAGCACCAAGCUCUACGGCUCCAUCUUCACGGGCGCCAGCAAGUUCCGCUGCAAGGACUGCAGCGCCGCCUACGACACGCUGGUCGAGCUCACCGUGCACAUGAACGAGACCGGCCACUACCGCGACGAUAACCACGAGACGGACAGCGAGGGCACCAAGCGCUGGUCCAAGCCCCGCAAACGCUCGCUGCUGGAGAUGGAGGGCAAAGAGGACGCGCAGAAGGUGCUCAAGUGUAUGUACUGCGGCCACUCCUUCGAGUCCCUGCAAGACCUGAGCGUCCACAUGAUCAAGACUAAACAUUACCAGAAAGUGCCUCUCAAAGAGCCCGUGACGCCUGUGGCUGCUAAGAUCAUCUCCUCCGCUCGCAAGAGAGCCCCGAUUGAACUGGAUCUGCCCAGUUCUCCCGACUCGAACGGAGGCACCCCCAAGCCCACGAUGACCUCCGACCCCAAUGACCACCUCCAGAAGGGCUCCUCAAACCCCUACAUCACGCCAAACAACCGGUAUGGGCACCAGAACGGGGCAAGCUACGCGUGGCAGUUCGAGUCGAGAAAGUCACAGAUCCUGAAGUGCAUGGAGUGCGGCAGUUCCCAUGACACACUGCAGGAGUUGACGGCCCACAUGAUGGUGACCGGACACUUCAUCAAGGUCACCAACUCGGCCAUCAAGAAGGGGAAACAGAUGAUGGAGUCUCCCCCGACGCCAGUGCCCAACGUGUUGCCCUCUGUGGAAGAAAAGGUGCAAUCCGUGCCACUGGCUGCCACCACAUUCUCCCCGCCCCCGCCUCCACCACCGCCACCGCCACCACCACCUCCUCCUCCUCCUCCAGCCAGCAUCUCCCCAAUUGUCGCCAUGGAGAUCAAAAAGGAGGAGAAGGAGGAGGAGUGCACCAAGGAGACGACCACUUGCAGCUUGACGAACAGCAAGGAGAAGAAAAACGGCGAGGACGAGACGGAGGAGAAGUUUGACGUCUCGUCCAAAUACCCGUACUUGACGGAGGAGGACCUGGAGGAGAGCCCGAAGGGAGGCUUCGACAUUCUCAAGUCACUGGAGAACACUGUGACGUCUGCCAUCAACAAAGCACAGAAUGGCACUCCGAGCUGGGGAGGGUACCCCAGCAUCCACGCUGCCUACCAACUGCCCAACAUGAUGAAGCUCUCCUUGGGCGCCUCGGGCAAGAGCUCACCCCUGAAGUACAUGUUCCCUGGCACCGAUAUUCUGUCCCCGACCAAAAACCAACCCCUGAUCUCCCCGCCCAGUAACCAAACCUCGCCUCUUCCCAAGAACAACUUCCACGCCAUGGAAGAGCUGGUGAAGAAAGUCACGGAGAAGGUGGCAAAGGUGGAGGAGAAGAUGCGGGAACCGCCUGCUAGAGCGUCUCCCCUCCAAAGAACCACCCCCUCGCCCUGCAGCAGCGAAGCCGGGGACUCAGCCAAGGGCGAGUCUCCAAAAGAGAGGCGCCUAGGAGCCAAAACCCCAGAAAGCACUGGAGUAGGAGUAGCAUUAGGAGGACUGGCCGCAGUAGUAGGAGGAGCAGUAGUGUCUCAUAAGGAGACCAACGGUGAGGUGCACGGCAAGGAGCACACAGAGAAUGGCACCGACCGCACGGUGAAGAGCCCCGUCUCCUCGUUGUGCAGUAGCACAGCCAUCAUCACGGACCACCCUCCGGAGCAGCCGUUCGUCAACCCGCUAAGUGCGCUUCAGUCCGUCAUGAAUGUCCACCUCGGCAAGGCCGCCAAGCCGGCCCUGCCCUCCCUGGACCCCAUGAGCAUGCUCUUCAAGAUGAGCAACAGCCUGGCCGAGAAGGCGGCCGUGGCGGCCUCCACCCCAACCCAGACCAAAAAGACCAACGAGCACUUGGACCGCUACUUCUACCCCGCCAACAACGACCAGCCCAUCGACCUGACCAAAGGCAAGAGUGACAAGAGCAGCUCCUUGGGAUCGGCGGCGCUGUCGUCCAACACCUCCACGCCCUCCUCCAUCUCUCCCUCCUCCACUGUGACAAUGAGCAAGGCCUCGUCGGCCAUGGCCUCCUUCAUGUCCAACUCCCCGCUCCGCGAGAACGCCCUGUCCGACAUCUCGGACAUGCUCCGCAACCUGACCGAGAGCCACCACGCCUCCAAGGCCUCCACCCCCACCAGCCUGUCGGAGCGGUCGGACAUCGAAGGGGCCACCCCGGACGAGACGGAGGAGAUCUCGCCGGUGCAAAAGCGCAAAGGCAGACAGUCCAACUGGAACCCGCAGCACCUGCUCAUACUGCAGGCCCAGUUCGCCUCCAGCCUGCGGCAGACGGGCGACGGCAAGUACAUCAUGUCCGACCUCAGCCCGCAGGAGCGCAUGCACAUCUCCCGCUUCACCGGCCUCUCCAUGACGACCAUCAGCCACUGGCUCGCCAACGUCAAGUACCAGCUGCGGAGGACGGGCGGCACCAAGUUCCUGAAGAACCUGGACUCGGGCCACCCGGUGUUCUUCUGCAGCGACUGCGCCUCGCAGAUCCGCGUCCCGUCCACGUACGUCAGCCAUCUCGAGUCGCAUCUGGGCUUCCGGCUCAGGGACCUGGCCAAACUCUCUGGCGAACAGUUUGCCAGCCAGAUCUCGCACCACACAAAGAGCCUGUCCGAAAAACUGCUGUCGGCCCAGGCCCACGCCCUGACACAGUCCCUGUCCAGCCCCCUUGUGCACUCCCCUUCCCCUUCCCCUGAGGACGAGGCCAACGGUGUCUCGUACCAGUGCAAAAUGUGCAAUCGGACUUUUGCCAGCAAGCACGCAGUUAAGCUCCACCUGAGCAAGACCCAUGGGAAGUCCCCCGAGGACCACCUUCUUUAUGUGACUGAACUGGAUAAGCAGUAGCAAGUGCUGUUGAAACAGACUGACUGAACUUGUGCUCUAUCAUAUCUCUCCUUCUUUCUCUUUCUCUCGCUCUUUCUUUCUCUUUCUCUGCCGUUUUCUGUCUUUUCUCCUUUGCCUUUUGACAGACAUGUCUUAAAAAAGGACCUGAAGAAUUAAUAUGAAAAACAAACUGCACACUGGUGCCAUAAAACUACUGUUUAGUUUCGGCACAUUGUUUUGAAUUCCCCUCCUGAGAAAAAGAAAAAUGCUCUGGCCCACAGACUUUAAUUUUCUCCUUUUUAAUUCUCUUGUUUUUACAAAAAAGAGACUGAAAAUAUAAAAAAGAAAGGAUGAUUUUUCUAAAUGUGCAGUCUUGACUAAAGAGGUGCUGUUGUCACUGGUUAAAAAUAUGAAGGUUAAAAAAUAACUUUUAAAGAUGAAGUGGUAUGUAUUUCCAAGUUGUGUAAAUUAAUUUUCGUUCUGUUUUAUUUUGCAUCCGUGAGAUGCAGGAAGCUGCAUGCAUUGCUGAAACAGUUUAGUUGAAUAUUCGAUAACUAAAUCUGGUGUACCUUUCCGUUUCUCUUUUUUUUCUGUUCUGUCGUUUACUUGUAUGUUUACUUUCUGAUUCUUUUCUUCUUUUGUUACGUGAUAUAUGUGUGCUGGUGCAGCAGAUGAACUUUAACCCUCUGAGUACGCCCUAGCACUUCAACACUUAAAACCCAAACAUGACGAGGUUAUGACACUACCAGAUUUUGGAAGGAAUGGAAUAACAUUUGUGUAAAUUUGGGUCAAAGCAAAUUAUUCCCAAAUUGAUCUAAUAUAUCAUAAAUAUUGACUCCUUAUGUACAUCAACUGUGUGUGAAGCAAAUUGUCCAAAUUGCAGCAUUUAUUUGAAUCAGGGGCCUUUGUGAAUUCAGGUCUAUGUAAAAAAGUGUACAUAAAAACUAUAAACUAAUUUCUGUCUAAAUUAUGCAUCAUUUUUAUAUUUUUUAAUUUAAGAGGAGUAUGACUAUCUACUGGUGCACAAUAUAUGAAGACAUUAAUGAAAUUGUUUUGCACAAUAGUUUUAUAAAUAUGUUAUUUAAUCAGAUAAUAUCAACCUGAGAAGAUGAAAGAAGAAUCUCGUUUUAUGUCCACUCCGUGCUCAAAGGGUUAAAUCUCUUGUGCAAGACAGUACUUGCUCCAACAUUUCUUGAACAUUACAAAAGAAAGGUUGUACAAAAAGAUGUUACUUUAUAAAGCAAGGAGGGAAUUCCACAAUAUAACCUCUUAUUUAUAAGCAGUCUUGGUUGUUGUUUCAUAUUGUAGAAUGCCUUUUUGAUUGGUAACUUUUUCCAUCUAAUUAAUCUCCCAUAAUUCCACUCUGCAGCUUUAUCUUUUGGGAGGUUGGGGGGUGGGGACAGGGACGGGGCCUGGGUGGGGGUUAUGAAAGGUAACCAUGGUUACGCUACUCUCCAAUUGACAGCUCUGCUACACUUUUGGCAGUUAAUUUGCUGAAGUAACUGACAGCUGCCAGUGACUGGGAAUCUUGUGUAUAAAAUAUUGGCAUGUAAACAGCACAGACACUGUUAUGCAUUCUGUGCCAUUGUUUUUUGUUGUUGUUGACAAUGAAGCACCCAUUAUAUGACUUCAUAUAACCUUUUUUCUACUGCAGCAUUAAAAAUGAA